UACUCAAAUUUAGGAGACAAAUUAUAGAGAUGGAGGAAAACAAAGUGACAUUACAUGGAGUGUGGGCUAGCCCUUACUCCAAGAGGGUGGAAUUGGCUUUGAAAUUGAAAGGUAUUCCAUUUGAAUAUGUGGAAGAAGAUUUAACGAACAAAAGCCCUUUGCUUCUUAAAUACAAUCCUGUGCACAAGAAAAUUCCUGUGCUUGUCCACAAUGGAAAACCCAUUUGUGAGUCACUUGUCAUUCUGGAAUACAUUGAUGAAACUUGGAAAGAUGGUCCUCAACUCCUUCCUCAAGAUCCCUACAAGAGAGCCCAAGUUCGUUUCUGGAUCAGCUAUCUCCAGCAGCAGGUGUUUGAGUGCAUGUCCUUAGCAAUCACAAGUGAUGGAGAAACACAAGAGAAAGCCAGCAAGGAACUGUUUGAGAAAUUAAAAGUGUUUGAAGAGGGAGUGAAAGAGUUUUUCCCUGAUGGAACUCCUUGUGUUGACAAUAACAGUGUUGGAAUUCUAGAUAUUCUAUUGGUUUCGUUAUUUGGUGCCCACAAAGUUCAGUCAGAAGUGCUGGGAAUAAAAAUAAUAGACCAAGAGAAAAAUCCACUGCUAUUCUCUUGGAUUACAGCCAUAACUGAGCUACCUGUGGUGAAAGAGAUAAUCCCUCCUCACGACAAGCUUGUUGCAGUUCUUCAUACUAUCAGAAAUGCUGGCCUUAAAUCUCCUGCUGCUUUACCGUAGUUUUUGUGCAAAAUAGUAUAUGCAUGGUAACCUCGGAAAAAGGUUCACUAUUUGUUUGCUUCAAUAAGGCCAAAGAGUCAUUCUGUAACAAAUUUCAAACACUAUU